UCCACCCAUUAAUUCGCCACAGAGAUUUCUUCCUCUCUACUUUUUCGUCACCACCAUCUCUCCCUCUAUCUCUCUCUCUAAAACGGUUGAAGAUUCCGACUAUGUCAGGCGAAAACUGGACUCACGUGGCCAUGUCUGACGACUCGUUGGUGGCGGAUGCGCUGCUUCAGCUCCGUCACUCUGAACCGAUGAAAAAGAGCAACGCAUCUCUCGUCAAGCUCAAGUGGAGCGUGCGUCAACGGAGAUCAAGAAAAGGAGACCAAACGCGAGCCAGCCCCACCACUCCUCUUUCCUUGAGCGACGCCAUGUCUCUCAGUGGCGGCGGCGGUGUCACCACGGUGGAAGGCCUUGAGGAGUCCAGCGCCACCGUAAAACCCUCUGAGACCGUUAGAUCUAAGGUUUCUCAAACGGGUGCAAUAACACCAACAACUCUUUUCAAGAGAUCAAGGAAGAAAAAGACUUUGGCUGAGCUUAAAGAUGAGGAAGUCAUGCUCUUGAAGGAAAGCAAAUGCCUGAAAAAUGAAUUAGCACGUAUGCGCGAUUUGGUCGAGGAACAAAGAACAAGGAACAAUGCUCUAAAGAAGAUGAAGGCUGAAUCACAAUCUGCCUUGUCCUGCAAACGUUCUUUCCAAAAAGGCUCCUCUUUCUUACUCCCUGACCUAAACAUGCCACUAGAUACAGACAUGAGCCCUGAAGUUAUAUGCUGAAUUAACGGCGAGCCAUGAGCAUAUUAUUCUUUUGUUUUUCCAUCACACCCAAACAACUAUACCUCCUUUCCACAAACAUCUUUUUUAAAACUGUAACUAUAUGAAUAUGAACAAGAUAGUCUAAUCCUCCAUAUCCCCACCCAUUCGGCCAUUUCCCGUGGCUUCUGUUCGAGUUUAUGUUUCUUGACAUAUCUUCUUCUCGAGCUGGUAGUAUGAUUUUUUGUUCUGCCAUUUCUGUUAAGUGAUUCUCAUCUUUCUCCCUUUUUCAUAGGUUAAUGUAAUCGACCACAUAGAUGAUGGAUACACACUUAUUCUAUAUUUCUUAUUAUCUCCCGUAAGAUGUAUUGCAAGUUCACAUCAGCCUUUCUAUCAAUGUAACACGUUAAAAACCUUCUUAUUACGCUGUAAUUUGAUUAAUGUAUUCCAUCAAUGUCA